AUGGAUAUCGGGAUAAUUGCCACUAACUCUCCAGAAUCCAGUGCCAGUGCCGUACAAUCACAGAACGUAGCGGUGCUGCCAAAAAAACUAAACGACAGCCAAAACAACGACAAUAAUUUUUAUUUCUAUCCAGCGUUCAAUCUGUUCGGUGGACACGUUGUUCAGCACAUAAUCGCUCAGAUAAUCGGGAUUAUCGUUGAGAAACUCGUCCAUUAUUUCAUAAAUAUUCUGCGAAUUCACGUCAAAACACAUACUUUUUUUGGCAGCACCGCUACGUUCUGUGAUUGUACGGCACUGGCACUGGAUUCUGGAGAGUUAGUGGCACUGGUAGGUAAAUCUGUGAAGUAUAUGCAUGUGAACUGUGCAAUACCUUUACCCUAUCCACACGAGUUCACUGGCGUGUGGAUAGGACUUUUUUUUGGCAGCACCGCUACGUUCUGUGAUUGUACGGCACUGGCACUGGAUUCUGGAGAGUUAGUGGCACUGGUAGAAUAUGCGGAUAAAUAUUCUUUUUGCGUACAUGCCGACAAAAGGAAGAUGCUACAAUCGUUGACCAACAUGCUCCAGGACAUGCCCCAGAAAGCGUUUGUGCUACAUGAAUUAUCUAGCACAAUUGCAUCGGCCGUUAAUGCCAGCCAUUGGAACCUAUUUCUUACUGAUUGGAUGUCGCAUAAUGGCGAACAGACCUAA